CUAAAUUGACAUUGUCAAAAUUUAAAUUCCGUCAAAAUUCUCAGUAAAAAUGUCUCGAAACUUUUUGAUUAAAUUAAAAGCGAAUUCAAAAUUAUUGCAUAUAGUGAGCGUUCGGCGCUGCUGUACGAGUCCUAAGAACGGUUUUACAGUUACUGUUUUAGAUGGCUGCCAUAAGGUAGGAAGACAUACUGCUCUUAUUCUGAAACAGAGUCCCCUAAUUUCGGAAUUAAGGCUGCACGAUAUUGAUAGUACUAUAUGUUUCGUGGCCGAAGAUUUGAGUCAUAUCGACACUAGAACCAAAGUCAAGUCUUUUUGUGGUCAGUCAGUUUUAAAAAACGCCGUAGCAGAUGCCGAUAUUGUGGUGUGCUUGGGAGGUUGUAGAAGCAAAAUCAGUGAGACUUGUAAAGAUUUGUUUGAGAAAAAUGUAGACGCUGUUAGAACGGCGGCCUGGCAUUGUAUAGAAUUCAGCCCGAAGGCAAUCUUUUGCAUCGCCAAACCACCCAUAGAAGCUUUCGUGCCUUUAGUAACAGAGGAAUACAAAAAAGCGGGUGUGCACGAUUACAGAAAAAUCAUAGGAAUAUCAUCAGUGGCGUGCAUGCGCUCCAACUCUUUCAUUGGUUUGAUCAGCGGACAAGAUUCAUCCCAAGUAAGGUGUCCAGUGGUAGGCGGAGCUUCGAAAGGCUGCGUGGUUGCCUGUAUUUCGCAGACCAAGCCAGAACAAGUUCAUCCGCAACAUCACAAAAUUAUUCAAGAUUCUAUAGCCAUAUCCGAAGACGAAGUUUUGAAAGCUUAUCAUAACAGAGGCACCUCGUGUUUAGCCGCGGCGCUGGCAAUUUCCAGGUUCGUUAACUGUCAAUUGAAAGCUCUUAACGGAGAAACGAACUGCGUUGAUUGCGCUUUCGUGAAACAGACCGGCCAUAUCGGUCAGUUUCUACCUUAUAUGACAUCUAUCGUCAGGCUAGGACGACACGGAUUGUUAUCUGCCCACAUGCCGAAAAUCAAUGGUUACGAAGCCCACUGUUUGAAAAGAGCCGCUUUGUAUAUAAAAGAUUACAUUAAACUUGGAGAAACAUUUGUGACCGGUGAACGUAAAGGUAUAAAAGAAAUAAAAAGUGAAAUAACGAAAGCAGUAAAAUGUAACUAAAUUAUCUAUAAUCUGAUGUAACUAUAUAACUCUAAAUAAUAAAUGUCUAAUAAAGUUUUUUAUGUAAUGUA